UUCGCUCCUGGCUGCAGCUUGUCGCUCCAUCCCUGCAACAGCAGGCGGCGCGGUGAUACGGAGAGCCGUGGAGAAUAAUAAAAAAAAGACCCGACGCUCCUCGCCGCGCUCCUCCAAAUGCAACCACCGGACACCGAGGGAGGACUCAGACGGGACGCCCGGAAUGCGGGGCGGCAGGUCGGAGGGCUGAGCGCGAACAUGGCGGCGGUGACAACAACAGCAGCAGCAGCAGCAACCUGCUCGGUCCCGUGGCGUCGAUAAAUCAAAGGGACCGCGCGACGUAAGGGACGAGCAUCACUUAACCCAGAGGAGAUGAGGAGAGACCUGAAGGCUGCAGCGCGUUUCUAAGCAACAACAACACAGCGUGCGCUCAAACACACCAUGGGCUACAAGAUUCCUGGAGCGGCAAUGGACAGGGUCAGCCUGCUGUGGCGUCUGAGGCGUCGAGCUCGCCGCGGGGCCAUCUGCAUGACCUUCUUCUGCAUCUCGAUGGCAAUGCUCUAUGCCCUGUGUGCUGAAAACAGCGUUCCUGUCACAGACGCCAUCUUCGGCGUGCGAGCACGUACCCGGGCUCAGCCUCGUACGCACUCGGUCAUCAAGGUGCUGCGAAAUGGAGGAAAAAACACGUACGUAGACCCUCUGAAGCACCCAGGUGUUAUUGCAAGUGACCCUCACCGUCCAAUCCCUGUGCUGUCCUCACUCAACCACACCAAUGAGAACUGGGAGUCUCCACCAAAGCGAACAGCAAAAACAAAAGAGUCUACUGGGUUUUUUUCCCACCUGCUGCCCCGCCCCUUCAAACGAGCGCUGGAGACUCUAUUCAGCGGCCGCCGUAAAGGGGAGCUAAGCGGCAAGUCGGGGGAAGCGGAGUUCUUCGGGCCUAAAGGGCUUUUGGGAGAGGUGUGGAAUGAAGAGAUGUCCAGCAGCAUGCUGGGAAACAGGCUGAAGAAGGUGGUGCAGAACUAUCAGGCAAUGAAUAAAUAUGGAGUCAAGGUGUCUGGUCCCGGUGGCACGUCCAACCGGCCAAAGCUGAGUGGACCCGAGCUACUCUGCCAGCUCAAGAAAAACGUAGAAGUCAGCACUUUGACGGCGGACCUUCAGCCUUUCUCUGCGUUGGCCUGGGCCACAAUGCUGCUGCCACCACAACAGUUGACCUCCGACCUCGGGCCGUACAAGACCUGUGCCGUGGUGUCAUCUGCAGGGUCGCUGCGCAAUUCUGGACUGGGCAAAGAGAUCGACUCUCAUGAUGCGGUGCUACGGUUCAAUGCUGCACCCACCAACGGCUUCGAGAAAGAUGUUGGCUCCAAAACAACCAUUCGCCUCAUCAACUCGCAGGUGAUGGCGUCUGAUGACCAUCGUUUCCUGUCCAGUUCUCUGUACAGCUCGGGUGUUCUGGUCGCCUGGGACCCCGCCCCCUUUUCUUCCAAUCUCAGUCAGUGGUACAACCACACAGAUUAUCCCAUCUUCAGCCAGUACCAGAGAUACAGGAGGCUUCACCCACAGCAGCCUUUCUACAUCCUGCAUCCUCAUGUGGAGUGGCAGCUGUGGCAGCGGAUUCAGGACAACAUGGCUGAACCCAUACAGAAGAACCCGCCCUCCUCCGGCCUUCUGGGCACCAUCCUGAUGAUGUCGCUGUGCAAGGUAGUGCACGUCUACGAGUUUCUGCCGUCCCGCAGGAAGACGGAGCUCUGCCACUACUACCAGCAUUUCUACGACGCCGCCUGCACGCUUGGCGCUUACCACCCGCUGUUGUACGAGAAGAACCUGGUCAAACGCAUGAACCAGGGCGCGAACCGGGACAUCUUUGUUCACGGACGCGUCACGCUGCCUGGGUUCAGCGCCAUGAACUGUACCACGGAAGCACCGCGGGAGCACUGACUAAACUCAAAUCGUGCACAAUGGAAAGCUGAAGGCCGAACCUGCAUGAUGAGCGAGGACGGAUGCAUGAAACCCUCACAUUCACUGUUUUUCUUUAAGAAGCAUCUCUCUACUGAUAUUAAAUGACAGUAACGGAGAAAAAGGAGUGAAAUUACAGAAACUGGCAGAAGCACUUAUUUGUAGGUAAGCUGUUCCGUACAGUAUGUAUGGAAGGAUAUACAAUCAAAACCUAAAACCUCUACAGAUCAUACUGCUGUUCUAGAAGAGUUAACAAUACUUGAUACUAAUGAACAAGGCUAAACAGGGAGAUGAAAUGGUUUUAAAGAGUAUAAUUGCAAUUUUCAUUCUAAAAAUGGGAUUUUCUGUCUGUAAAAUAAUUGGCCCCUGUGUCUUAAAGACCUAAAAACAAACCUCUUAGUCAACUGUUUAACAAUAUAACUUUACUACAAAUAAGUGAAGUAGUCCCAUCUGAUUAGUUUCCACCUAAAUGUCUAUAGAUGAGGUUCAGUUUUUAGAUAAACUGGGUUAAACUUUUUUUUAUUGUAGGUGACCAUUUGUCGACAGAAAUAUUUAAAAUCAACAGGAUGGUCUUGCAUUUGACUUCCUGCCUUUGCUGUUUUUAAAGCCAGACGUUCUUUUCCUGCAGCUACCUGAUCCCAUUUUCUUUGUAGUUGAUCAAUUCCUUGGAUUUAUCAAGCCACCAUAUAUGAAUGUUGGUGUCAAAUGCACCUAUUCAAAAGAUGGAAUCAUCUGGGUUUUAUCCUACACAAAAGAUUAAACUGCCAGGUUUAGUUUAUACCAAAAAACAACAAAAGAAAAAAACAAUAUACAUUAACAAUUCAGUAUAAACUGCACUUUAAUUUUUGACUUCCAUGUUUAUGAGAUUGCUUCUGUUUAAAGCUCUUCCACUGUCCUUAAAGGAGGGAUUUCUGGUCGAUUUGAGCACUUCUGGGGGAAAAAAACAAAUGAAAAGUUUUUCACUGCCAACAUCUGAUUUGGUGCCAUCACUUAGUCAAUUUUACACCUGUACCUUAGUUUACCUGUGCUUUAGCCAAGGCCACUGUUGAGACGAUUCACAGGGUAAAAAUAUAUAGAAUGUGGCUUAUCAGAUUCUGAAUCAAAGUUUACAAUAUCUGAAUCAUUGGCAUGGAGCCAGGAUGGUCUGUCCAGUUUGUCUUGGAUGACCAAGCUAGUAUGUCAGCCCCUUGGAACGGAUAUGUUCCCAGCAGGGUCCCAGAGACCUCGCCCAGGACCCCAGUGUUAACCAGUGUGCAACUGGCAAUAAACCCGUAACCGUAAUCCCAUGUCUGAGGUUUUGUGAAUAUUUAAAGGUGAAUGCUCUUUGAAGGUUUCGGGUUAGAUUCCACCUUCCCUCUCGUCACACGUCAGUGUGCUUCGCAAGGCACUCGAUCCCAAGAUUCCUACUGAUCUGUCUACCGGUGCGUGAGUGGUCAGUAUGACUAGUAAAGCUCUAUAUAAAUAAAAUAAAUGUUUCAUUUUUAGCAACUCUGUUAUGCUUCUUGCAUAAUGGCAACUGAACCCGAUAUUUGAGCCAGCAGACCACUUACAUUUUUGGACAAUUUUCAAUAUUAGUUUUUACUAAUUGGGUGUAAAAGGGGCCUUAACAGUUUAACGAUAAAAUAAAAACAUAAUACUGAGCUCUUUAUUGGAUUGGCUCGAGAACCUUGCACAAAGGAACAGACUAUUGGCUCGUUGAUCCCAAAGCUGCCAACUAAUGACUGGGAAAAGACUAGGUUCUAAUCUGGUAUAGUGUCACCAUGAGUUUUACUGAAAUAGCAGCAACAUCUGCAUCAUCAUAGUAGCAUCCAGAACAUAUAGCAGCAACAAAAAUCUCAAACUACGCAAAUCUCUUGUUUCUACGCUUGUAUUCGAUGUCUGAACUUGAGGUACCCGUUUGAAUUUUUCUGCUUUCUUAACCGGUCUCACAAUCUCGUCUUCAACAACAUGCAUGUUAACCUAAAUUUAAAAUGUACCAAUGUUAAAGUUCUGUAACAAACUGCUUGCCGUUAUCAAGUAAUGAUGCAGGAUGUAUCGCUAACACUCUGGAGAAAAGUAUCUUAUUGUUUGGCUUUGCUAAGCAAAAGGGAGUUUAAUUUUUAAAAGGGACUGCGCGUCAAACUUCUUAAUUUAUACAUGGUUUUGUUUGGCCGUAGUUUGUGCAAAGUUUGUAUUAUACAUGGUUUGUAAAAUAAUCAAGUUAAAAGCCAAAUAGUGGCUUUAAAUAACUGAGGAUUUUUGUUUAAAGCUGAAUAGACUUAGAUUUUUUUUGGAUCCCUAGCGAUGUACAGUAAAGGCUUCCUGUUUGGUUUUUCAAACUCACCAUGGCUAUUAAUGCCAAGUUUAGCUUUUAUAAGAAAUGGAUGUUUGAACAAGUAUGUAUUUCAUACAUUCCUUGGCUGUGUAAGUUUUGCCAACACCCGGACAAAACAUAACUUCAUUUUAGUUACUAAGUUAUUACUGAGGGAUGCAGGAAAAAGUUUGUAUUUAAGGUCUUAGUUUUCCUAUUUAAGUUUUAUUACUCUUGGGGCCUAGAGAUUGGGCAAUGAUGAUGAUCAUUGUAGUUUCCAUCCACUCAUCAUGGGCACAAAUAUUUUAAUUUAGGGCUUUUACUUUUCCCCCUGGGUGGCUUCAUCAUGCAAUAUACAACUGUAGCAUUUUUUUUUAUCUUAAUCCAGACUGCAUCAAAAUUAUAAAUCUACCCCUUCAAAGAGUUAAAUGUCUCUUCAGAAGUUACCAGUCGACCGUAUUCUUUGUGUAGCCAUCACCAGGCUUCUGGUAUAACGCUGGGUGAAUAAACCACUCGUCAUGGCAAAUUGUUCAAAUUAGUUUUAAAUUGGUUUUCUGGCAUAGACCUGGCUUUCAAACAUAGUUUACUAAGUAUCGACAAGGCUGUUUUGUUUUUGUUUUCGGCAUUUGGAAUUUGAGGAUAAGAGGUAAAGCCAGUCUUGACAUAGCAUGAUCAGCUCAUCCUGGCUUUAUCUGUUUCACAGAAGUCGAUCCAGGCUCAGGAAACUCGGCUAUGUUAAACCAGGUGUUAGUAAUUCAGCUAAAUGCACGUCCCAGGCUGUCUUCACAAGACCAUGAGGUCGAUCACAGGUUUGCUGAUGCUACAAUGAAAGAGUUGCUGCUCCAAUCUUUAAACCAAACAGCAGCAUCUUUUGAUGGAGCCCAUCAGACUCAAAUGAAACACUGCCUCUAUUAUAAAUGAAAACACAUUAGUUUGGAGCUACUUGUAUUAGUUAAUAAAUAAAUAAAUAAAUAAACCAUUUUCUCUGAUCUAUCCAAUUCUGUAACUCUAGAGGGCGCUGUUUUGCUGACCCAUAACUCCUGACGCUGUACAGCAAUAUAGAGGGAUGAAAGUGUCUCAGCCUUUGCAAAGCAAAUUACAUCUCAUAUCAGAUUUGAAAAGUGGCAUUAUUUACUGAUACAAAUAUUGUUUGCAUUUAAAACGCAAAGCAUAGACUCUAAAACAUUGAAAGUUAAUAUUGGAUAUCUGAUAUGGAAUGAAAUUACCUAUUCAUGAUAAAAUUAUGACAUUAGCAUAAUAUUCUUUCCAUUAACAUUUAUUAAGCCACUGAUCCUUUUGGCUUGUAUAGUUUUUCCUUUUGGAGCUGAGAGAUGUGUAUUUUGUGCACUUGAGGGGAAAUUUGUUUGUUCUGCAGGAGUCAGUAAAACAGCGCCCCCUAGUGUCGCAGAAUUUUGUGAAAAAUGGUGUAACAUCUGACUUUAUUGACACCUUUUGCUUCUUCAUCACAUGCAAUAGUCUAUUAAAGGCUUUUCUGUCAAACUCAGAAUAGCAGUCUUCAAAAACACAGUUGAACAGUAGUAAUGCCAGCAGUGGUAUUUUAAAGCAGGCUGAUUUAAAAUAAAUAAAAAAAAGAAUAACACAGAUAAGGAAAUGGAAUUGCUGACAAAACUCAUUGAUUUCUGAUCAGUGUGGCCAAUGACUGAAGAGAGAAGGCACCAGGAUUAACUAAACCUGGCUGUUAGCCUGGUCAGGAGCAGGCUAGCUGCACAGAAUAAAUUGCCAUGGUAGCUCAUGUGAUCCUGCUUUUGUGAUACAGCCCAGGAAGAUCCCGGCUUAAUUCUCUAUCUUGGUUUUGUGAAAUAGCCCUUAGGUAGAAUUCCCAAUUGUGUCCAAUUAUAAACCAUCUAUAGCUGAAGUUAAAUAUGCUGGAGGUAGUCGUUCUUUUUUUUUACACCUAUGUGUAAUGCACCAGUUAAGCUGACCCCACAGCAUGAUGCUGCUGCCACCAUGCUUUACAAUUGGUACAAUUUCAAAGCUAAACCUUAACUUCCUAAGAUGUGCUGUCGAGAUAUUUUUAAAAAAAAAUUUUAACCACAAUCUUGACCAUAAAACUUCUCUGUUCAAUUUCUCCAUUGGGUCAACUAUCUUGAAGGUGUCUGUCUUGAAGCAAAGUUUUCUUUAGUUGGGCUGUAUGUCUGUUGUAGAACUGGACUUGUAGUAGACGGUAAAAGUUGCUUUUUCAAUAUUUUUCAGUCCACGGCAGAUAUGAGGAUUUCUAGGCUAUUCCUGAACAUCCGAAUCAAUUUCCCUUAUCCAAGGAGGACAGCUGAGGUGGUGACAAAAUGCCAAUUUAUCUGCGUAAUUUGAGCUGAUGCUCUUGGAAUCUGCUGUUGUUUAAAAAUUACUCCAAAAGAUUUUAUAAACUACUCUAUCUUAGCUCUUCACUAAGUUUAUUUGCGUUUUCCGCUGUUUUUUAGUAUUAGUGGAGACGAGAACCUACCUUUUGCACUUGAACAUCAUCACCAACCAGUUAAUAGACCUUGUAGCAUUCUAGCAGACCCCUUAAAUCUCCUUCAUUGUUUUGUUUGAAUAUAGCCAGAUGGAUUAGCCUGUAAGUAUAAUUUGUAACACUGGAUUUGGAAAAUAAAGACUGGUUCAAGUAUGUCAUUUAGAGCCCAAAAUUAGUACGACAUGUCCAUGAUGUGUGGAUUAGACAACUAAACCGUAGCUGUGUAAAUAAUGGACUUUAUAUUGCUGUUUUGACACUUGCUUUAGUUGAGAAAACAGCAGCUAUAAAAGACUAUGCUGACUUUUAUAAGUUGUGUAAGUUAUGUAAGCACCAACUGUGGGGAAGAAGUUAAAGAGCCCAAAAUUAAACUGGUCUGAACUUUAAGCUCAUGUUUUCAGCUGUUCAAGAGGCAUUAUAUUCCCACCUUUCUGUCUCUGUUAACACACAUUCCCAAGUAUAUAAGUCAGCACGUCUGAUCUUUGCACUCUUCGGCCAAAAUCAGGUGCUGUGGUCCAGUUUUCAAGGAAAGGUGGCCUGCACAUUGCUGAAACCGGUGAGGUACAAAAUGAAUGACAUGACACGUUUGCAAAGGAUAACCAAACAUUUCAAAAUGGUUUUUGUAUGUAAGCAUUUGAAGCGUACAUCUGCGUUUAACUCUUUGUAGAAAUACCUGCUGCAGCUUUAACUGGGAAUUUCAACUUCAGCCUUUUAACCUAUGCAUGGCUAUUCUUUUUUUCACAUUAAAGAGCCACCUAGGGGUACUUUCACCUGUUAUGUAUAUGCAUGUUUUGAAAAUAUGUAAAAUUUUUCUCUGAAGUUGCCUAGUAGCAGGAGGAGGGGAAACAAACCCAUCUAUGUAACUGCAUGGCAGCUAUCGCAGCUCAUUGUUUUCAUUCUCAUAUGUUGGACAGCAUGCAAAAAGACAUUAAGAAACUGUGUGGAGCUCCUUGGACGUUAAACACCAUGUCUUCUGAACUGGACUGUAAACCACAUGGUGCAAACACUGUAGCUAAAAAUGAAGGCAAACACACAAUUGUUCUGAAAAAUAAAGCAGCCAUCCUAUGACUACAAUUGUACCCAAAAUCGAAAACAUAGUAACACUUUUACAUCUCUUAUGCAGAGUAGACUGAAAUAGAAAUUACUCAAUCAUCCACCGGGGGUGCUGCUGCUUCAUUGAAUAACCCCCCCAGAGUUUUUACCAGCAUCUGAUUGGUCAACAUUUGGAAACAUCUCACACCUUCAAACAGUGACGUUUCCUUUAUAAGGCCAUCAUGUGAAUGAGAAGUUGAAGCAUGGCUGGAAAUGGAAAUUUCCUUAUUUUAAGAAAUUUUGGAGACCAAGAAUUAUUGGUGACUAAUUAGAUUUAAAAGUAGUUGUCAUAAUGGUGGUAGUAGUAACUAUGUUCAAGUCUGGCUGAUUACAGUUAUAAUGUGAAACAGAGGAGCCUUGUGCUGCUAAUGCAUUAUCAUAGUGGACCACAGUUGCAGACCUGGACCCAAAACCCUUGGCUUGGAAGUAUUUCCUCAAGCUUUUUGCACAUUUUUGGUGCACGUGCACACACACAAAAAAAGCUGUGUGUGCUGUGGCAGCAAUAUGAGCGUACACUCAAAGCCUUCAUGAGUCAUCCAGUGUUGGGUUUGGAAUAAAAAUCAGCAUUUUUAUGCUAUUACAAGUAGAUAUAAAUAAUAUACGCUGCUUAAAAAAAAUAAAAGGAACAAUUUCAAAAAGCAUCUUAUCUCAAUGAGGGGAGGGUGAAUUGUGUAGGAAUCCAUACUGAUAUGGAAUGAGUAAUGUGUAGGGAACAAAAAGAUGCCACAUUUGAUUAUGAAAAUUAUAAACCUGCAGAGGGCUUGUGUGCAUGCCUGACAAUGUCGGGACAUGCUCCUUAUGAGAGAACGGAUGGUGUUCUGAGGCAUUGCCUCCAGAUCUUGGCCAGGAAAUCACUGAGCUCGUGGACAGUAUGAGGUGCACCUUGGUGGCGUCAGAUUGACAUGAUCUAUUGCAAUUAGUCCAGGGGGGCCAUGGAAGCCAGUCAAUAUCAAUUCCUUCAUCCUCCAAGAACUGCCUGCAUACUCUUGCCACAUGAGGCUGGGUAUUAUCACUCACCAGGAGGAACCCACACUGCACCAGGGCAGGGUCUAAGGAAUUCAUCCCAAAGCGAUCAUGCUAAACAAUAUUGCAGGCAGCACAACAUUCCCCACAGCUUCUCCAGACCCUUCCAUGUCUGUCCCAUGAGCUCACAAUGAACCUGAUUUAAUUUAUGAAAAGAACAGGGUUGCCACUUCUGGUGUUCUCUGCUAAAUGCCAGUCAAGCUCAAUGGUGCCGUCCAGUGAGCACAGGGCCUACCAGGGAACGCCUGGCCCCUAGUCCGCUCUCAUAAUAAAGUCUGUUUAAUUUGGUCUGAGGCAUUUAUGCCAGCUGUCCACCGGAGGUCAUUCCGCAGGACUCCUUUCCUCCUUGCACAAAGGAGUAGAUGCCGGUCCUACUUAUGGGUUAAGGUGCUCCGACAGCCCUGUCCAACUCACCUAGAGUAAAUGCCUAUCUCCUGGAAUUUCCUCCAGGAUUUAGACUGUGCUGGGAGAUGCAGCAAAUCUGCCGAUGGCACGUAUUGGCAUAUCAUCCUGGUGGAGUUGGACAGCAUUUGCAAUUCUGUAGGGUCCAGUUAUUGGUUCAUGCUACCAAUGGUGACUCUUACCCUUGUCAACAGCUAAACUACUGAAAAUCAGCCAAAAAAUCGAGUGAAAAAUGUAUGCUGUCUCCACCUUGAAAACCUUUCUUGUUGUUGGGAUUGUCUCACUGUUGCCCCUUUAGUCCACCUGUUGUUAAUUUCAUUAACACCAGAACUGUAGGUACUGAUUAGCGACCACAUCUACUACUGAACAGACCAGAUUAUUAUUGCACAGGUUUAACUGACAAAUAAUGUUCCUUUAAUUUUUUUAAGCAGUGCAUUAUUUAUUAAUAGCAUUUGUGUUGGUAUAUUUCUGUUUAUUUGACUUACUACUACUACUGCUUUUAUAUUUAAUUGACAGUCUUGAUCUCUUCCAUAAUGUUUAGGAGCCACCAGGGUAGUAAUGUGUAAAUUAAACAUUUUUUAUUAGUUAAAUGAUAAUUAAAUAAUUGGUUUCUCAUAAAAGAACACGGGCUAGCCCAUUUAUCUCAGAAGUUCAAACUCGGAUCUGGGAAUAACGUUACACCCAAUUUAAGUGUAUUCCACUUGCAAAGUAGAAAACCAGGGUUUUUGUCAACUACAACUAGCCAUACAUGACGAUGUACUUUCUUGCAUGUUGUCCAUUUAAACUACUGUAUGUAGAAACAUGUUUUCCUGGAGAAGUGUGACUACAGCAACGUUUAAUACAAGCAGCAGUUCAUUGCUGGUUAACCUCUAAUGAUUCAAGUUUGUAGUCAGACUUCACAGGGCAUUCCGGUUGAUAUUUUAUUAAUUUUUUUCCUGACUUGGGACUUGGAAAUACUGACUUUUGAUUCCAUGUGCGACGCAACAUCAAUCGUAGCAAAGGCUGCCUCACCAGUGAACGCCGCCUAGCCAUGUAGCUGCCACUGCAGUUUAUCAACAUGCUACACUUUUAGAAAAAUACACAUUUCUGUAACUGUUAGUGUUAUGUAAAUGAAAUGAAAAUUAUGUAGUUAUUUUUUGACGAAACAUGCUAACACAUUUAAGCUAAAGGAAUGCUAGCUUAUGUUUUUUCACUGGCUUUAUUUUUUAUCAUGCCACUAGGUGUAGGUAAGGUGUUUUUCAGAUUAAAACAAAAAAAAAAACUUUAUUUACUAUGCAGUUGCACUUUAGGCCUGAAUCAGCAUCAGUAGGACAUUUUUGUUGUUGUUUAAACUAACUGAAGCACAUUUCACUCUGCUGCUCUGGCUUUUGGCUUUAGGUUUCCGAGAGGUUUGCUUGGACACUUUAAAUGUAAUAUUCAGUUGUUUUUUUUUCACCCUGUUUUCCUGGUGUUGCCAACCAAGCUGCAAAAAUAAGCUUGAUUUGUUUUUAGUAUUGAAAAACACUUUGUCACAAUCUUUUCUCCACCUCCUUUUGCUGUUUAUAUUAUGCUGGAGCUGUAGAUCUGAUUCUGUUCUGAGUUUUCUUCAUCUGUUACAGAUCAAAAUCUGAUGUGUAAAUAUAGACAGCUUGAAAUCAAA